AUGACCCGUUAUAUAAGAGAUGAGUCGCUAUUUCCGGGUCUAUCAGUUUGUGGCGGAGUUUUGUUGAAUUUUCCAACUAAUGUUCAAAACUCAUCCAAUUGUCCACAGAUUCGUCCUUCGUUUGUCUUUUUGGCUCUUUAUUUGGUAACUGUGGUCUUGGGACAGUCCAGCUUCAGACCGCCGUCCAUUCCGGCCAUCUUUGCGAUAAUCCGAUAUCAGAACAGUCCGUGUAAUACAGAGUCGAAUACUCCGGGAACUUGUUUGGCACAAAACGACUGCUUGACUCGUUCGGGAACUCCGGACGGCACCUGUGCCUCAGGAUUCGCCUCCUGUUGUAAUUUCAAGUUCACGUGCGGCGGACGAACCAAAGAAAACGAAACCAUUUUUGUGAACAAUUUGUUUCCGCGAACAGACAACGGAACAAAUACAUGUCAAGUCACGAUUGAUAAACAGCCAAAUGUCUGUCAACUCAGACUCGACUUUGAGGAGUUUUCUUUGGCUCAACCCGAUGAAAACGGUCAGUGCACUACAGACUCUUUUAUGGUCAGAACAACUGUUGGCGAAAGACUUCCCAUUUUGUGCGGCGAUAACAACAAUCAACACCUUUACGUCGAUAUGGGCCGCGGAUCAGCCAAUCCAGUCGUUCUGUCCGUUGUCACGAACGGCAACAAUAUUGGCCGCAAAUGGAAAAUCAAGAUCAAUAUGAUUCCGUGCAAUAAUCUGGACAUGGCGCCGUCCGGAUGUCUUCAGUACUUCCGGUCGCCGUCGGCUGUCGUCCAGAGUUUCAAUUACGGAUUACCGAUGGAAGGAAGAGCGAGAUAUUUGUCAAACUUGAGAUACACGUCAUGCGUUAGAGUCGAAGAGAACUUUUGUUCAAUAAAAUGGGAAACUGACACUCUUUCGUCCUUCUCGUGGGGCGCACCCUUCGAAGGCAAUCUCACCUCAAGGGGCGCGAGUGGCGGACUCUGCAAUGUCGACGAUUUCAUUGGCAUCGAUCAGGGAAGUGCUGAAGGGAGCGGUCCGGGAGAAGACAGGAUUUGCGGAACAAAACUUCUUGAAGACGAUUACAUUAUUUCUCGUUCUAAGCCUUUUCAACUUAAAGUUCGUUCAAAUAGUGACCAAAAAUUAAACGCCGAAAAUGCACAGCACGGUUUUUCGCUGCGUUACGUUCAACUUCCGUGUAGAGAAGAGUCGGAAGACUCAGAAUUUUCUAUAGAUUUGUUAGCAUUUCUAAUCCAUAAAAUGGGUCCGCAAUUUGUCAUUUUGUUUGUCUUUUUGAUUCAUUGUUUGGAUCAAAGUCAAGCGACAAACGCCACGAGUCGUCAAUUCUGGCGACCCGUUUCCAACAUUUUCCAACCGAUUCGUCUGCAGAACACUCCGUGUAAUACCGAUGUGGGCGACGCCGGAACGUGUCUCUCGGAAACCGAUUGUCGGUCUCGAGGCGGAACAGGUUCGGGUCAGUGUGGACGCAGUGGUCUCACGUGUUGUACGUUUAAAUUCACGUGUUCGGGAAAGACGUCGAGCAAUGAAACGCUUUUUGUGAAUCCUUCGUAUCCAAUGGGAGAAAACGGAACCAACACUUGUCAAGUGACCAUUCAGAAUGCUCCCGACGUCUGCCAAUUGAGAUUAGAUUUAGAGGAAUUCAGUCUUUCUCCGCCCGAUGAUUACGGCAGAUGUACUAAAGACUCAUUUAUGGUCAGAACAACUGUCGGCGAAAGACUGCCAAUGCUUUGCGGUGAAAACAAAGGUCAGCACUUGUACGUAGAUAUGGGUCGCGGAUCGGGAAAUCCAGUGGUUCUUUCGGUGAUCACAAACGACAUCGACUUUUCGCGGAAAUGGAAGAUAAAGAUUUCGUUGAUUCCGUGCAAUAACUAUGUGAUGGCUCCGUCGGGUUGUCUUCAAUACUAUAGACUUCCAUCAGAUGUGAUUCGAUCUUUCAAUUACGGACUAAAAGUGGACAACAAAUCGCGGUAUUUGUCGAACUUGCGGUACACGUCUUGUAUUCGCGUCGAAGAAAACUUUUGUGCCAUAAAAUGGAUGACAGAAACGGAAAACUCGUUUUCUUGGGGCGCUUCCAAUGACCCGCUUUACAGCACCGGAAACGUCUCGUUCUCCGAUUUGGGACUGACGGGCGGUCUUUGCAAUGACGACGACUACGUUGGCAUUGAUCAGGGAUCUCAAGAAGGAAGUGGUGCCGGAGAAGACAGGUUUUGUGGCGGACGACUCUUCUACAACAAUGUAGUCAUUUCCCGAUCCAAACCAUUCCAACUGAAAGUCAGGUCAAACUCAGAUCAAACGGAAAAUGCCAGACAUUCACAAAACGGAUUCGCUUUACGUUACGUUCAAUUGCCGUGUGUUAACUGAUUUAGACAUUCAUUUAACUGAAU